CCCGCACAAGGAAAUCAUUUUUACUUAUCAACACAAGUCCGAUGUUUAUGUUGACAUAAAUCGAAGAAUGCCUGCUGAGGGCAAGAGAUCAUUAAACAUGGAGGAGAAAGAGGUGAGCUCCUUUAGUAACAAGGAGAAAGACAGGGAUGGUGAUAGACGGCCCGCCUCCUCCCGGGAUAAAGUGAAGGAUGAAGCAAAGGUGAGUGGCAAGAAAGAUAUUGGUAAGGCCACAGAGGAAAAGAGGAGGAGACUUGAGGAGGACAAAAGAAAGAAGGAAGAAAAGGAGCGGAAACGGAAAGAGGAGGUGAAACAGAAGGCAGAGGAGGAGCAGAGGAAGAAGGAGGAAGAGGAGAAGAAGCAGCAGGAGGAGCAGGAGAGGAAAGUUCAGGAGGAGGAGGCCAAGAGACAGCGUGAAGAGGAGGCAGCUGAACUCAAGGAGAAGGAGGAGGGCCACCAGCUCCACCAGGAGGCCUGGGAGCGGCACCAGUGCCGGAAGGAGCUGCGUGUCCGCAAUCAGAAUGCCCACGAGGGCCGUCCCGAGGAGACCUUCUUUAGCCGCCUUGACUCCAGCUUGAAGAAGAACACGGCCUUUGUCAAGAAGCUGCGCACGCUCACCGAGCAGCAGCGCGAAGCCCUCUCCAAUGACUUUGGCUCGCUCAACCUCAGCAAGUACAUCGGCGAGGCAGUGGGCUCGGUGGUGGAGGCCAAGCUGAAGAUCUCUGACGUGGGCUGCGCCGUGCACCUGUGCUCCCUCUUCCACCAGCGCUACGCCGAAUUCGCCCCACUGCUCCUCCAGGCCUGGAAGAGGCACUUUGAGGCGCGCAAGGAGGAGAAGGCACCCAACGUGAGCAAGCUGCGCACCGACCUGCGCUUCAUCGCAGAGCUCACCAUCGUGGGCCUGUUCACAGACAAGGAGGGCCUGUCGCUCAUCUACGAGCAGCUGAAGAGCAUAAUCGGGACGGACCGCGAGACACACACACAUGUAUCGGUGGUCAUCAGCUUCUGUAAACACUGCGGAGAUGAUAUCGCAGGCCUGGUGCCUCGCAAGGUGAAGGCUGCACGGGAGAAGUUUGGCCUGGCCUUCCCUCCCAGUGAGAUCAUCAACACGGAGAAGCAGCAUCCCUUCCAGAACCUUCUGAGGGAGUACUUCACCUCGCUCACCAAGCACCUGAAGAAGGACCACCGCGAGCUGCAGAACAUCGAGAGGCAGAACAGGCGUAUCCUCCACUCCAAAGGGGAGCUGAGUGAGGAUAGACACAAGCAGUAUGAGGAGUUUGCCACGUCCUACCAGAAGCUGCUGGCUAACACCCAGUCUCUAGCUGACUUUCUGGAUGAAAACAUGCCAGAGCUUCCACUGGACAAGACUGUGCAGGAAGAGCACGGCCCUGGCAUUGACAUCUUCACCCCUGGGAAGCCCGGGGAGUAUGACCUGGAGGGGGGCAUCUGGGAGGACGAGGACGCCAGGAACUUCUACGAGAACAUGGUGGACCUGAAGGCCUUCGUCCCCGCCAUCCUGUUCAAAGAUAACGAGAAGGGCAAGGACAAAGAGGAGGCUGCUGCUAAAGAGGCUAAAGAUGCUGUGGCCACCACAGAGGAGUUGGAGUCGGAGCUCGAGGCUCUAGACAUCGCUGAUGACCCUCUGGAGCUGGAUGGACCUGACGAGGCAGAGAACGAGGCAGAGCUCGCCAAAAAACUGUUGGACGAGCAAGGUAAAGAUGAAGGGAUCAAGUUAGGGUAUGAGAGAGGUCAGGGAAACAGAGCUAGGGCCCAUUCAUGGGUGCUCAGGGCCAAUCAACUAAACAGAGAACAAGAGGAUGAGGAGGCAAGCACCGGGUCCCACCUGAAGCUCAUCGUGGACGCCUUCAUCCAGCAGCUUCCCAACUGUGUCAACAGAGACCUCAUAGACAAGGCUGCCAUGGAUUUCUGCAUGAACAUGAACACCAAGUCAAACAGGAGGAAGCUGGUCCGUGCUCUCUUCACCGUUCCCAGACAAAGGUUGGAUCUGCUGCCCUUUUACUCCCGUCUGGUGGCCACCCUUCACCCCUGCAUGUCAGAUGUUGCCGAUGACCUGUGCUCCAUACUCAAAGGCGACUUCAGGUUCCAUAUCCGGAAGAAGGACCAGAUCAACAUCGAAACGAAAAAUAAAACUGUAAGGUUUAUUGGGGAGCUGGCCAAGUUCAAGCUGUUCUCAAAAACGGACACUCUGCAUUGUCUGAAGAUGCUGCUGUCAGACUUCUCCCAUCACCACAUAGAGAUGGCCUGCACCCUUCUGGAGACCAGUGGACGCUUCCUCUUCAGAUCCCCCGACUCCCACCUGCGGACCAGCGUCCUCCUGGAGCAAAUGAUGCGUAAGAAACAGGCGCAGCACCUGGAUGCUCGUUACGUGACCAUGGUAGAGAAUGCCUACUACUACUGCAACCCCCCGCCCAUGGAGAAGACCGUCAGGAAGAAGAGGCCCCCGCUGCAGGAGUACAUCCGCAAACUGCUCUACAAGGACCUCUCCAAGGUCACCACAGAGAAGGUGUUGAGGCAGAUGCGUAAACUCCCCUGGCAGGACCCAGAGUCUAAAGGCUACCUGAUCUGUUGCAUGGUCAACAUCUGGAACGUCAAGUACAACAGCAUCCACUGUGUGGCCAACCUACUGGCCGGCCUUGUGGCCUACCAGGAGGACGUGGGCAUCCACGUUGUGGACGGGGUCCUGGAGGACAUCCGCCUGGGAAUGGAGGUGAACCAGCCCAAGUUCAACCAGCGUCGGAUCAGCAGUGCCAAGUUCCUGGGGGAGCUCUACAACUACCGCAUGGUGGAGUCGGCUGUCAUCUUCCGCACCCUCUUCUCCUUCAUCUCGUUCGGGGUGAACCCGGACGGCAGCCCCAGCCCCCUGGACCCCCCCGAUCAUCUGUUCCGCAUCCGCAUGGUCUGCACCCUGCUGGACACCUGCGGGCAGUACUUUGACCGCGGCUCCAGCAAGAGGAAGCUGGACUGCUUCCUCAUCUACUUCCAGAGGUAUAUCUGGUGGAAGAAGAGUGUGGAGGUGUGGAGUGCGGAGCACCAGUUCCCCAUCGACAUUGACUACAUGAUCAGUGACACCCUGGAGCUGCUCCGGCCCAAGAUGAGGCUCUGCAUCUCCCUGGAAGACUCCAUACGACAGGUCACCGAGCUGGAGAGGGAGUUCCUCGUUAAACUGGGUCUGGCCAUGGAUGGACAGAAGGACGGCCGGCCCUCCAGUGCCAUGGGGAGUGAAGGGGAGGCUCUAGACGAGGAUGACGAUGACGACGAUGAAGAGGGAGGGGCGGACACAGAGGAACAAUCUGGCAAUGAGAGCGAGAUGAACGAGCCAGAGGAAGAAAAGCUAGCACACAAUCACACCCCCCAUCUAAGAACCUGCUGUGUGUUCCAGGAAGGGUCUGAGAAUGAGGAAGAGGAGCGGGAGGAGGAGGAGGAGGAGGAGAACACUGACUAUCUGACCGACUCCAACAAGGAGAACGAGACGGACGAGGAGAACAAUGAGGUGACCAUCCGUGGUGGCGGUCUGAAGCAUGUGGCAUGUGCUGAGGAUGAGGACUUCAUCCAGGCUCUGGACAAGAUGAUGCUGGAGAACCUGCAGCAGCGGAGCGGGGAGGCGGUGAAGGUGCACCAGUUGGACGUGGCCAUCCCCCUGCAGCUGAAGAGCCAGCUGAAGAAAGGCCCUGGAGGACCCGUCUGCUCUGGAGAGGGAGACGCAGACAUCUCAGACACUAUGCAGUUUGUCAUGCUCACACGCAAGGGCAACAAGCAGCAGUUUAAGAUCCUGAACGUGCCUCUGUCUUCCCACCUGGCUGCCAACCACUUCAACCAGCAGCAGGCAGAGCAGGAGGAGAGGAUGAGGAUGAAGAAGCUCACUCUGGACAUCAACGAGAGACAGGAGCAAGAGGACUACCAAGAAAUGAUGGCGUCUCUGGCCCAGCGGCCCGCUCCUGCCAACACCAACCGGGAGCGGCGCCCGCGCUACCAACACCCCAAAGGGGCACCCAACGCCGACCUCAUCUUCAAGACCGGAGGAAGACGCUAGACACUUGCAACCUAUGGAUGGAAGGAGCUGCAGUAAUGAUGGUACUGAAGGAGUGAAUGGGGAUGGAUAUUGGGGCAGGAGGUGGAGGGAUGCGUGGAGAAAAGGAGGUGGAUCUUGGAUGGAUGUUUUGGGGAUUUGAGGAGGGGAUAAAUACUUCAGUGAGUGUUCUGGAAGACAGCUACUACAGUAAAGCCCUGCUCUGUCCCCUAAGAGACGCUGAUUGGAGUCUGGCCGAGGGAGCGAUCGAAUGAGAGACAGAGAGCGAGCGGACCAUCGGUCUCGCCUGAGCAGGGUGUGAGUCCGCCAGCCGCCCACUGACGCAAGCGCAGACCCCCACACCUAACCCCGCUGCCGUAGGAAGAGAAGGAGAAGGGGCAUCAACGAGGGGUGGGGAAGAGGGGGGCACCCCAUUCACCCAGCUAAGGUGUUCCAGAGAACACCCCUUCCUUUCUGUGCGUCGCCCGGGACGACACCAGCACAGCAGCACAAACAAGAACGAGAACGAACCAAAAGAUGAAUGAAAGAACAACCGACCAGCUGACGGACAUAUGUACGGACAGACAUGGACGCAGACAAACAGACGCACGGACAGACAGAAGGACGAGGGACUACAGUAUUCUUCUCUUUGCUCCCGUGCAGGAUGAGGAUAUGGUGUACAAGGGCUCACGAGGAGGAGAAUACAAGAGGAGGAGAAUGGACAGAAUGUGUGUGAAAGCAAAGGGGACGGGUGAGGGUGUGACAUCUUUGGAGAUGGACUGUGCUUCUCUUACUGGGAACAGAUCUGUUGUUCAGUCUUUAUCUCUUUAUCUAGCUAAAUCACACACUGUUCAAAGGUAGCUUGAUGGAGGAGGAGGAGAAGGAACACAGACGGGGUCACCACUACUAAAUGACUCGAAAACAAUGGAACAAGGAGGACAGGAUGAUGUACAGAAAGGCGUGGUUGCUUGUGUGUGCAUAUGAGGAAGGGUUACAGAUGUAGGAUCUUAAUUUGAGCCAGUUUGCUACAGCAGGACAAUAAUCCUGCAGCAACAGGAAAUGUGAA